UGGCUCAGCUUCUACUUCAGUGGUUUCGUGUUCUCAUGUCCUGUAUUUUAAAGGGCAUGCUGGAAUGGGAUGUAGGGUCCUGACCAGUCUCGUUGUUCCCUUCAAGAGUAGCAAUCUGAAAUUCAAUAGAAACCAGCCAACAAAAUGAACCAGAGGUUACGGAAUUAAAAAUGAGACUUUGUCGUUUAAGACUUGUAUUUUGCUGAAUUCAGAGAACAAAUAAUGUAAACUCAGUGAAAUGGUUAUGUGGUAAUUUGGAGAGGUCCACGUGAAGCAAAAUGUAGCAACAAGAUAACUUUUGAUAUCCUAUGGUGUUGAAAUGAACACGUAUAUAUGCAUGAACUGAUCAAUCCACGUUAUCCUGCACUUAAUCGGUCUGCUGCGUCCGAUUGCGGUUGGAUUCCGACGUGAAAUGUUUAACCCUUAAUUUGUAAGAAGCUUGGGUUGCAGAAUCUAACCAACUGCUGUCAGAAAAUCACAUUGACCAUCCCUCGUUCUUGUGGAGUGUUUUGUUCCUAACUUCUUGUACUUUCAUGUUUUGUAGCAGGCUAGCAGCAGCAGCAGAAGAAGAUAAGUACACUGAAUGAUUGAGAAUGGAAGCAGACUUUCUGUCUUCCAUGUUAAAUGCCUUUGGUCCACUUAUUCUUGCUGGCCACAUUAAUUGUCAGCAAUGCUUUGCUGCUUGCUAGUAUAAAUAAGUAUAUCUGUACUAGCCAAUGUUGUAUGUGGUGGGAGGAUAUUCAUAUAUUCUUAAUCUUAAUGGAUCCCAAUGCAUCAAGGUUUCUCUUCAAUCCCUCAACCCUGCAGUCAGUUUACUAUGAAGCCAAAGAGAAUGAUGGCAUAAUUGAUCUUGGUCUCAGCCUGAGAGCUCUGCAGCCUGAAACUUACCAUCCAUCUGAGCAGUUGGUAAGCUUGCAGGGAUAUGAUGAUUUGAUAGAUUGGCCACAGGCUAACCUGAAUUUGAAGAAUUCUAGCAUUAUACAUCCGAGAAACAACCCAGAAGAUUGUGAUGAAGUGGCAGAGGGAGUUCAAAGCAAGGAGAGGUGGGCUUAUGUGAAAGUGAACAUGGAUGGGAUUAUCAUUGGCAGAAAAGUUUGUAUACUUGAUCAUAGUGGUUACUCAAGUCUUGCAUUUCAACUAGAAGACAUGUUUGGUAGACAGUCCGUAUCCGGGUUAAGGUUAUUCCAGACUGGUUCCGAAUUUUCACUUUUCUACAAGGACAGAGAUGACAACUGGAGAACUGUUGGUGAUGUUCAAUGGAGGGAAUUUGUAGAAUGUGUGAAGCGGCUAAGGAUUGCAAGAAAGAACGAAGCUCUUCUUUCCCCUUCUUUGAAAUUUAACUAAUUUAUCCUUUCCCAUUUUGCAUUUUCAUUCAUACGUGUUUAGAGAGCAUCUCUGACUUGGAGGCAGUUUAACUUUGGAAACAGUUCAAUUACA